AUGCCCCCAAAUCUAAGGUAUUCGUUUAAAAAUAUUUUACUUUCCGGACUUUGGUACGGACGAAAGAAGCUGGAAAUGAAAGUGUUCCAAAACCACUUUGUUCAACAGGUAAAAACUCUCCAAGAAGGCUUCCAGUUAGAUGUAGACGGUAAUGAGACAAAAUUUAAACUUGUUGUUGGUGGGCAAGCGGCUGAUUUGGUUGCGAAGGCGCCAUCUAUUAACUGCAAGCUUCAUAACGGAAGGUUUGGUUGCAGCACUUGCUUACAUGCUGGAAGGAGGUUAGCAGGUCGUGGGGACAAGAGAGUUUAUGAAUAUUGUCCCAAUAUUCCACCAAGAAGGAAUCACACUGAUUUCCUACUUCACGCUACCUUGGCAGAGCAAAGUGGGGAAACUUUAUAUGGAGUUAUGGGCACAUCACCUGUACAUGAUAUUCUAGAAAUACCUGAAAUGGUAUUGCUAGACUAUAUGCAUCAGGUUCUUGAAGGGGAGUAUACUAGGAGGCUUUCGAAAUGGUUCAAUGGAAGUUGCCCUAGUGGAGUAAGCCUCCGAGAUGAAGCAACAAAGGAAACACUUUCUGGAAAACUCAUGUCAACCCGACUUCCACAUGACUUCAAGAGAAAAUUGUGA